AUGGCCCUGACGAUGCAGCUCUUCAUGCUGGUCCUGCUUCCCCUGUCCUCUCUCCUGCCCCCUGGGGCUCAGGCUGGUGAGAUCAUCGGGGGAAAGAAAGCCCAGCCCCACUCCAGACCCUACAUGGCUUUUCUGAUUAUACAACGCGGAAAUGAGAGUGUUCUCUGUGGAGGGUUCCUGGUGGCGGCGAACUUCGUGCUGACGGCCGCUCACUGCAAGGGAGACAAGAUCACUGUCAAGCUGGGAGCCCAUAACAUUAGAGAACGUGAAGAGAGCCAACAAGUGAUCCUUGUGGAUCACCAAUACCUGCACCUGGAUUAUGACAAGGAGCCCCACAAUAAUGACAUCAUGUUGCUGAAGCUGGCAAAGAGAGCGAAGCUGAAUAGAUGGGUGAAAACCAUCAACCUGCCCCACACCGAGAAGAAAGUAAAGCCAGGAACGAAAUGCAGCGUCGCCGGUUGGGGCAGGACUGUAGCAUGGAAUAAUUUAACCCUGGCCACCACACUCCAGGAAGCGUAUGUGGAGGUGCUGGAGGAUGACAAGUGUAUGUAUCGUCACUAUAACGCCUCCACAAUGAUGUGUGUGGGGGACCCAGAGAAGGGCAAAGACUCUGCAAAGGGCGACUCUGGGGGCCCCCUGGUGUGUGGGAAAACAGCCCAGGGCAUCGUCUCCUGGGGGCCCUACUGUCCUCCCGGGGUGUACACAAGAGUCUCCACCUUCAUCACCUGGAUACGGGAGACAAUGAGGAGGCUGCAGCCCUGA